AUGGGGCCAACGAUGACCGCUGACUGGAACAUUGUCAUCAUCAUGAAUCCCCGCAUCUACCAGUUCCUGGUGGGCGUGUUUGCGUCCUUCGGGUCGCUUCUCUUCGGUUACGACCUGGGCGUCAUUGCCCAGGUCAUCGCCUCCGAGUCAUACCAAAGGACGUUUGGCGUCAGCGAAGCGGACCCCGAGACCGGUGCCGUUGUCGCCUUGUUCACCGGCGGUGCUUUCUUCGGUGCCAUGUUCGCCAGCCCCACUGCCGAAUACACAGGUCGACGUUGGACAAUCACGAUUGGUAGCAUCAUCUUCAUUGUCGGUGGAAUCCUGCAGACGGUCGCCCCAGAGAUCUCGUACCUCAUGGCAGGGCGGUUCCUUGCUGGUCUUGGUGUCGGCUUCCUGACGAUGAUCAUUCCCCUGUACCAAGCCGAGAUUGCGCAUCCUUCGAUCAGAGGCACUGUCACUGCACUCCAACAGUUCAUGCUUGGCAUCGGCGCCUUGGUCGCGUCCUGGACUGGAUGGGGAACCUACAAUGCCUACACAGACAACCGACAGUGGCGCAUACCGUUGGGAAUCCAAAUUAUCCCAGCUGUCAUCCUUGGAGCCCUCAUUUUCCUCUUCCCCGAAUCCCCUCGUUGGUUGAUGGACCAGGGCAAGCAGGAAAAGGCCCUCAAGACACUGGCUCGCCUGCACUCGAACGGCAAUGAGGAUGACCCCUGGGUCCGCGCUGAAAUGGAGCAGAUCCAGGAGAGCAUCGCCGAGGAGCAUGCAAAUGCUGCGCAGUCAUACACAGAACUCUUCACUGACAUGUCCUGCUUCCGCCGUGUGCUGAUCGCCUGCGGCCUUCAAGCCUCGAUCCAGAUGACCGGCGUGUCUGCCAUCCAGUACUACUCUGUCACGAUUUACGGCCAGGCAGGCAUCGGACCCAGCGACGCCCUCAAAUACCAGGCCAUCAACUCGAUCAUUGCCCUCGUCGGUCAGGCCCUCUGCAUUGCUUUCAUCGAUCGAUUCGGCCGUCGCUGGACUCUCAUCUGGGGCAAUCUCUUCAACAUGCUGACCUUUAUCAUUGCCACAAUCAUGUUGGUUGUCUACCCCCCCGGCAAAGGUAGCGCCGCCCAAGGCUGGGGUUUCAUCAUCGUCACCUGGGCAUACAACUUCUCCUUCUCGGCCGCGUGCGGCCCCCUCUCGUGGAUCAUUCCCGCCGAGAUUUUCGACACCCGCACCCGUGCCAAGGGUGUAGCCCUCGCAACAAUGACCUCGUUCGCCUUCAACACCAUGAUUGGUCAGGUUACUGGCAUCGCCAUGGAGAAUGUGGGCUGGAAGUACUACCUGGUAUUUGUGAUUUGCAAUUUCACCAACGCGGCGUGCGUCUGGGCCUUUGUUCCCGAGACCAAACAGAUGCCGCUCGAGGAGAUGAACUACAUGUUCACAAACGCGCCUUGGUUCGUGCCUUUUGUGGACAGGAGCCAAUACACUGCGGAUUUGCGCGCCGACUUGGCACGUAGGGCUGAAGUGAUCGACGAGAAGCUGACAGCCAAGCAUGAGAUUGGAGCAGAGCAUCAUUGA